GGAUCAGCCCUCCCCCCGCGUGAUCGUAGUUGACCCCCCCCCCCUCGAGCUGAGAGGUGACCUUUAGAGUCACCACUUCGAAGCGAGUGUGUGACUGAAAGUUAAAGUUCUUGGUGUCAAGAUGAGAUCCUGGGCACUUGGGCUGCUGGUGCUAUUUUGCGGAGCAACGACGCUGCAGGCUGCCACCGAUAAGGUGGUGUGCUAUUACGGCAGUUGGGCUACGUAUCGUGUUUCUAAUGGAAAGUAUGACGUGGAGGACAUCAACCCGAAUCUGUGUACGCAUAUAAUCUACUCGUUUGUGGGCUUGGAUGCGAGUACCAAUUUGGUGAAGAUUUUGGAUACAUGGAACGAUGUGACAUUGCAGGGAUUCCAGCGGUUUGUCGGAUUGAAAUCGAAAAAUCCUAAAGUUAAGCUGUUAGUUGCGAUUGGUGGGUGGAACGAGGAUUCACAUUCAUACGCAGUCAUGGCUGAGUCGACUGCAUCCCGUAAGGUUUUCAUCGAAUCCGUCGUCAAUUUACUCAAAACCUACGGAUUUGAUGGGUUCGACGUCGAUUGGGAAUACCCAACGCUUCGUGGUGGAAAGCCAGAGGAUCGUGUGAACUUUGUCACGCUUCUGAAAGAACUGCGUGCGCGGUUGCAACCGCUAGGUUAUCUACUAUCGAUCGCGGUCGGAGCGACGAAAGAUUACCACAGAUCGGCAUACGAUGUGCCAGAGAUCAACCAGUAUGUCGAUUUCGUCAAUCUCAUGACGUACGAUUUGCACGCCUAUUGGGAUGCUCAGACUGGGCACAACUCACCUCUUUACGCUGCCACCUGGGAAACGGAUUCCUUUACCAGCAUGCUCAAUUUGGACGCGUGUGUACGAGCCUGGCUUGAUGCUGGUUUGGCUGCCAAUAAACUGAUCAUGGGCGUACCCGCUUUCGGUCAUACCUUCACUCUAGCCUCGACAACCUCUAAUGGGGUUGGCGCACGCACCAUUGGUGGAGGAACAGCCGGCCCAUAUACUUUGGAAACGGGAACCUUGUCCUAUUUGGAGAUAUGUGAACGGUUGAAAACCGGCUAUACCACUCGCUGGGAUGACAUACAGAAGGUUCCCUACGCGUUCUUGGGUAACCAGUGGAUUUCGUAUGAUGACGUAACGUCAAUUGCUCUGAAAGUUGCGUACGCGAAGAGUAAGAACAUAGGAGGAGUAAUGGUGUGGUCGAUUGAGUCGGACGAUGAUCGCAACAUUUGUGGUGGCGGAGCUCACCCUAUCACUAAUGCCGUCUACAAUGCAGUUUUCGGUUCUUCAGGAACGACAACCACUACGGUCGCUCCAACUACUACAACUACCGUAAAAACAACUACAACGACUGCAGCUCCUAAAACCACCACGACCACCGCUAAACCUGCCACAACCACUACAACGACAACUGCCAAAACUACCACAACUACAACUGCGAAAACUACCACAACCACAACCGUUGCACCUGUCACUACAACAGUGGCUCCAGGAACCUUGGUUUGCAAGAAUGGAUUCGUAAGAGAUCCGACAGACUGCCAGUAUUUUUACCAAUGUAAUCCGGCUGGAUACGUCAUCGACAGCUGGCGGUUCAAGUGCCAAACAGGGCUCUACUUUGACGAAGAACACUCAUACUGCAACUGGGCGUACCUAGUCAAAUGUUAAACUUGUUGUUAGUUUAGAUUCUAGUAUUGAAGCAGCUCACUUUUGUCAAUCUAAUACUCUACUAAUUAGAUAGAAUAAAUCUUAG